AUGGCAGCCAAGACCAAGCAGCCCCCAAAGGGCAUCCUCAAGAAGCCUGCUGCUAACGAAAAGGAACCCGCCGUCGAUCCCAGGGAGCUCGCUAUCCAGCACGCCAACAUCUUGCAGCACCGCAAGGACCUCGAAGCGCAGAUUCUCGACAGCCUGAUCCUCCUCUCCGAAUACCCCGUGCUCCGCGGCGCUCUCCACAGUGCGGCAAACCCAGCUCCUUCUGACGUGGCCGACUUCAAGUCCCAUGUGCGCCUCUUCCAGCCUUCAGACUACGAUGACCUCAUCGUCGAGCGCAACGUCAACGAGCUUUGCGGAUAUACACUAUGCGGGCGCCCGCGGAGGCAGAUGGGCCCGGGGGGCGAAUGGAAGAUCACCAGCAACGGGGACAUUGUGAAGCGCAAGGACCUCGAGAUGUGGUGCUCGCAAAAGUGUGCUCGGCGGGCGCUGUACGUCAAGGUCCAGCUGAACGAGACCGCUGCCUGGGAGAGGGCCGGUAUCCCUGACAUCGAGAUCGAGCUGCUUGACGAGGAUAGAUCCGCUGAGACGGAGGCCGAUCGUACCGCACGCAAGCUGGGCGAAAUGAAACUGGAGGACCAGCUGAAAGCUGCGCGAGACACUGCCGCUCUGGCGCUGGAGCGUGGAGAACCCAGGCUCUCGGCUCAAAAGAAGGUCGAAGUCAUACUCCGAGAGAAGCUCACGGAUAAGGACGUCGAGGCUCCAGCUACGACGAAUGCGCUAGAGGUUUACGAUGAUGACGAUCAUUUGGUUGUGGAGGGAUACAAGAGCAAACUCAUAACGAGUACAGAGAAGAAAGCGGCGUGA